AGUCCACAACCACUACAAAACCCUAGAUAGCUAAUGUUGUUGAAACUUCACAAGCCUGCGGAGAAAACCCUAAUUUGCAGUCGCAGAGGCCUUAGCUCGAGAUGGGUGAGGAGGUGAAGACAAUUGUUCCAGAGUCUGUGCUGAAGAAGCAGAAGAGGGAAGAGGAAUGGGCGUUGGCCAAAAAGCAAGAUUUCGAAGCUGCUAAGAAGAAGAGAGCUGAGAGCCGUAAGCUGAUCUUCAGCAGAGCUAAGCAAUAUGCCAAGGAGUACGAUGAGCAGGAAAAGGAAUUGAUUCGAUUGAAACGUGAGGCAAAGCUGAAAGGUGGAUUUUAUGUCGAUCCAGAGGCUAAGCUCUUGUUUAUUAUUCGCAUUCGUGGUAUUAAUGCCAUGCAUCCCAAGACAAGAAAGAUCCUGCAGCUGUUGCGAUUGAGACAGAUUUUCAAUGGUGUGUUUCUUAAAGUUAACAAAGCUACCGUGAACAUGCUUCACAGAGUUGAGCCUUAUGUAACUUUCGGAUACCCUAAUCUGAAGAGUGUAAGAGAACUUAUUUACAAGAGGGGGUAUGGAAAGCUAAACAAGCAGAGAAUUGCUCUAACCGAUAACUCCGUCAUUGAGCAGGCACUAGGCAAGCAUGAAAUCAUAUCCACUGAAGAUCUUAUCCAUGAGAUCAUAACUGUUGGACCCCAUUUUAAGGAGGCAAACAAUUUCCUUUGGCCAUUUAAGCUCAAGGCUCCUUUGGGUGGCUUAAAGAAGAAAAGGAACCACUAUGUUGAAGGAGGUGAUGCUGGAAAUCGUGAGAAUUACAUCAAUGAGCUUAUCCGGAGAAUGAAUUAAGCUGUGGCUGUGGUCAAUCACUAUUUAGGGGAAUCAAUCUGUCAUUGUUGGCUUUAGAUCAAGAUCAGACUCAUUUUCGUAUCUGAAAUUUUGGAAAUAGAACAUUUUGACUUUGAUAACUUAUUGCUGAGGUUGAAUUUGUUUUUCAUUUUAUAUGUUUGUGAGAGAAGUUUUUUUAGAAUAUAUUUGCUAUUAUG